AUGCUUCGUUUAGCAAGGAACAAGUUACUUAAAUGGGGUCUUAGAAAUAACCGAACGGUCGCUACAUUUAAAGAAAACGAGACAAAGAACAUCGAUGUUCCCAACAAUGCCGACGUUGUAAUAAUAGGUGGUGGCAGCGCUGGUUGCAAUGCACUUUAUCAAUUAGGAAAACGUGGAGUUAAUGCAAUACUUUUGGAAAAAUCUAAGCUUAUAUCUGGUACAACAUGGCAUACAGCAGGUCUCUUAUGGCAUUUACGCGGAAUAUGCGACGUAGAGACGGAAUUGAUAAAAGCUUCGCGAUUGCUUUACGCAUCUUUACAAGAAGAAACAGGUGUAAAUCCAGGAUGGAUAAACAACGGUGGACUCUACAUCGCUUAUUCUCCCGAGCGAGUAGUCGAAUACGAAAGAUUAAUUACUAGCUGUAAGAAUUUCGGUAUCGACGGGUACAUGAUUGAUCCAGUCGAAGCGAAAGAAAAAUUUCCCCUCAUAGAUAAAAAUGCGUUUCAAGCUGCGAUGUAUUGUCCAGCGGAUGGUACGAUAGAUCCUGCCAUGUUAGUAAAUGCAUUGAAAAAAUUGGCGGAAAAAAACGGUUGCAAGGUCAUCGAAGAUUGUCCGGUCACUAAAAUUCUCGUAGAGGAUAUUGACGGACAUAAAACCAUUCGCGGAGUAGAAACGCCUCAUGGUAUAAUAAAAACCAAAGUUAUACUAAAUGCGGCAGGAGCAUGGUCCGGAGCAAUAGCGCGAAUGGUAGGGCUGGACAUUCCAUUGGUACCGAUGAAACACGCAUACAUUGUUACUGAGCCGAUGAACGUACGAGGGUUGCCAAAUAUUCGAGAUCCCGAUUUUAAUAUCUACUUUCGAGUGCAAGGUGGAAAUAUAAAUAUCGGAGGAUACGAGCCGAAUCCUAUCAUAUUGAAAUUUCCGCCAGAAGACUUUUCCUUUAGUUUGUACGAGCUGAAUUGGGACGUAUUCAAUACUCAUAUAGAGGCGAUGAACCGAUUGAUACCCACUUUGGCAACUGCUGGAAUAAGGACAACUGUGUGCGGCCCAGAAAGUUUUACUCCCGACCACAGACCUAUCAUGGGUGAAGAUCCACGCUGCACAGGUCUUUAUUACUCUUGCGGAUAUAAUAGCGCCGGGAUGAUGUUUGGAGGUGGUUGUGGAGAACAAAUAGCAUUAUGGAUAAUUAAUGGACGACCGGACAAACAUUUGUUCAAUCAGGACAUCAGACGAUAUAUACCAGAACAAAGAAAAAAUUCAGUUUGGGUGAACGAACGGAGUCAUGAAGCUUAUGCAAAAAAUUAUAAUAUUGUUUUCUCACAUGACGAACAUUUAAGCGGUAGAAAUUUAAAGAUAGAUCCUUUCCACAAUUUUCUCGUCAAUGAAGGUGCCGUCAUGGAAGAACGACAAGGAUGGGAACGUCCAGGAUGGUUCCUACUAGACGACAAAAAGGCUCCAGUGUUACCUUAUGAUUAUGGUGGCUAUUACGAUACACCCAAGAAUACGAAUGACAUAUAUGCCGAUAUAUUAAAAACAGAAUGUACAUUUAAUUUUCCACCGCACGAUAACAUUAUACGGGAGGAAGCACUUGCCUGUAGAAAUAACGUUGCCUUAUUUAAUAUAUCGUACUUCGGAAAACAUUACAUAUGCGGCCCAGACACGAAAAAAGCAGUGGAUUAUAUAUUUACGUCUCAGGUGGAUCGAGAAAUUAACAGAACUGUAUACACUUGCAUGUUGAAUAAAAGAGGAGGAGUAGAAGGCGAUUGUACAGUCACUGGUCUAGAAUCUGGCUCGGGUGGCAUAGUCGAUCCCAUAUUUAAGGGAAAAGCAUUUUAUAUAGUGAGUGGAGGCAUGUCAUCGUAUCAUACAUGGGCACAUAUCAGCAGUAUAAUAAGAGAAAAAGAUUUUAAUGUAUCUGUGCACAAUGUCACGGAGCAAAUAGGAAUUUUAUCAGUUCAAGGUCCUAACAGCCGCGAAGUUCUUCAAAUGUUAGUCGACGAUGAUCUUUCGAAUACAUCGUUUCCAUUCUCAACGUCAAAACUAGUGCGAAUAGAUGGUGAAUUGGUACACAUAUUUAGACUUAGUUUCGUGGGUGAACUUGGUUUCGAAUUACAUAUUCCAAGAAGUUCGUGUGAAAAGGUUUAUAAAGUUUUAAUGGAAUGUGGUAAAAAAUAUGAUAUGAAAUUAGCCGGCUACAGAGCAUUCUACAGUUUAAGCUGCGAGAAAGGAUAUCAUCUUUGGGGUACAGACUUAAGAACGGAUGACAAUCCAAUAGAAGCGGCUUUAGAAAUCGUCUGUCGCAAAAACGGCAAGUACUUAGGAAAAACAUCUGUUGAUCAGUGCCGUAACAAUGGAAUUAAAAAAAGACUGGUACAUUUACACAUAAAUGACGAUAUACCAUUAUGGGGUAUGGAGAGCGUUUAUAGGAACGAUAAAUUAGUUGGUUAUCUAAGAAGGGCUGAACAUGGAUAUACCUUUAAAAGUAGUAUUGGACAGGCAUAUAUCACAGCUCCAAAUGGACAAAAUGUUACAAAGGAAUUUUUAGAAACAGGUACUUACCAUAUCGAAGUGAGGAGGAAAAAGUAUCCCGCAAAGAUGUAUCUUCGAAGUCCAUUCGAUCCACAAAACAAGAGAUUAUUAGGUGUAUAUACAAUAUAAAAAAUACUUUUUAUUGAUAUUAUUUCUUCCGAUUCUA